GGGGGGAAGGAAGGUUUCGCUUCGGUGAGGAGGAGGAGGAGGAGGAGGCGGCGCCGGUCCUGCUCCUUGAGGGUUCUCCAGGUGGAUGAUACUCAGAAGUGGGUUCUGUGCAGCUUGGCAAAGGCGUCCCAGGCUGGCUCUACUUCGCAGGAGGCCCAGUGGGGGACUCGAACUCCCAGCCUCUUCUGGCUCUGCCGCCAGGGUAUCUAAACCACUGAGUAGAUGCAGACUUCCAGCCAACUUCUUCUGUUUUCCUGACUGCCAUGUUAAUGCUGCUUGCGCUUGGAGUGCUACUGGUAGAAAACCUGGCCAAGGUUCAGAAUGGAAAUUUUAGUGAUGGCAGCCGUAGUCCACAAGUGCCUCUGUAUCGCUAUGAAACCAUUAAUCUGCCAGAAGAGCAUAUCCCCUACUUUUUGCAUAAUAACCCGCACAUUGUCAUAGCCUGCAAGCAAGAUCCGCAUUGCCCAUAUAAAAAAUACUUGAAGAACUUAAAGGCCUGUUGGGGUUAUGAGAAAUCAUGCAAGCCAGAAAACAGGUUUGGAUAUCCAGUAUGUGAUUAUGCUGAGGUAGGGUGGGUAUCUACCAUAGAAGAGGCCCAGCGGGUGUUUUGGAAGCAAUCCGACUUUGGUUACAUUAAAGAGAGGAUAAAUGAAGUAAAGACUCACUGCAGACCUAAGGCAGUGGGCGAUUCUUCACUCCAGUGCUCUCGUUAUCUUCAGUCCUGCAGAGCAACAAAUCUGUACAUUGAUUUAAGGACGCCAAAGAGAAACCAUGAGAGAUUUAAUGAAGACUUUUUUCAGAAGGGUCAGAUUGGAGGCAGUUGCAAUAUGGACACUCAGGGUUUCCUUGCUGAAGGACAACGGAGGAGCCCUCUUCAGUCUUGGUUUGCUGAGCUUCGAACAUACACAGAACUGAACUCCAACCCUGUGGAAGAUGGCAGCUGUGAUGUCAUUGUUGACAAACUAACUUAUUUCAUGAAGUUUGAUGCAGGUGUUAAUAUGUACCACCAUUUCUGUGAUUUUGUAAAUCUUUACAUCACCCAACAUGUUAUUAAUUCAUUCAGCACUGAUGUCAACAUUGUCAUGUGGGACACUAGCGCCUAUGGAUAUGGAGACUUGUUCAAUGAAACAUGGAAGGCAUUUACGGACUAUGAAAUAAUACACCUAAAAUCAUAUGAUUCAAAGAGAGUAUGCUUCAAAGAUGCAGUUUUUGCCUUGUUGCCUCGAAUGAGGUAUGGCUUGUUUUAUAACACACCAUUGAUCUCCGGCUGUCAUGGUACAGGGUUAUUUAGAGCCUUUUCCCAGCACGUGUUACACAGAUUGAAUAUUAAACAAGAAAGACCAAAGGAUGGGAAAAUCAGAGUUACAAUCCUUGCUCGAAGUACAGCAUACAGGAAGAUAUUAAACCAAAAUGAGCUUGCCAAUGCUUUGAAAACACUGUCAUUGUUUGAGGUCCAAAUAGUGAAUUACAAAUACAAGGAGCUUGAAUUUAAGGAGCAGCUGAAAAUCACACACAAUACUGAUAUAUUCAUUGGAAUUCAUGGGGCAGGACUUACCCACCUUCUCUUUCUGCCAGACUGGGCUGUCAUCUUUGAACUGUACAACUGUGAAGAUGAAAACUGCUAUUUGGAUUUAGCAAGGCUGAGAGGCGUCCAUUACAUCACCUGGCAAAAGAAGCAAAAAGUGUUUCCCCAGGAUGAGGGCCAUCAUCCAACAUUAGGAAAACACCCAAAGUUUACAAAUUAUUCUUUUGACGUGGAAGAAUUUGUCCGCCUGGUGCUCUUGGCAGCUGAUCAUGUAUCACAACACUCCAAGUGGCCAUUUAGGAGAAAACACGAUGAAUUCUAGGUCCACUGUCACACUUUAUGGGGUAUUUUAAAUAUGAAAGUGUUUUAAAAUGUCACAGUAUUUGGAUGUACAGUCACUAAUUGUUUAUAUAUAUAUAUAUUCAUUCUCCUGGAGGGAAAAAGAUAAAAGGCUAAAU